AUGUGCAUCACCCCGUAUCUCAGCACUCUCGCCCCGGAGAUCCUGGAGCUCAUCAUUGAGCACACACACGCUUCAGGCCACUGGCCUCUUGCGCAGACGUGCAAAUAUAUAUACCUCAACUCACUCCCAAUCCUCGACCGCCAUCGCAAGGCAUGUCAAGAAUAUCGAAUAUGUUCUGAUCUUGAUCCAUGGACCAUCUCCAAACUCUUGUGGAGUGUCUUCAGUGAUGGCGCCGCUUCCAUCGAGGCAUGGCACGUCAGAGAGUUUGAGGUCUGGGUCGAGAGAAACGAAUACAAAUCCUGGGGAGUGAAUGCCGACACUGGCGAGAGGAUUCUACACGAGGACGUGAAGCCUAGGUCGCUCUCUCGCCACGAGAUUGACUCUUUCUGUGCCACGAUGCCGAAGCUGCCGCAUUUUUAUGGCGAGCACAGGGAUCUCAAUCAACUGUUCCGGGAACCGUUUGAAGGCGGAGAUAGCUUUGUCAAAGCCGUGGUCCUCGCCUAUCUGCCGCGCAUCCAGGCUCUUCGCUAUGCCCAGUUUGAUGACGAGCGCAGGAAUGAGAGCCUCACAACGCUGUGCGGUUUCAUUUACUGGUGCAAGUCUGCAGGGACCUGGCUGCCUGGGCUAAAUUCGUUGGAAAGAGUUGCCGUCGCCAUAGGCCUUGACCGAGCCGGAGUCGAAGCAAACCCCCCCGAGUACUUGAGGAGGUUUGCCGAUGAGUUCUGCGCCUUGUUGUGCUUGCCAAACCUCGCUGAAAUUUAUUUUUCUCAUCUGGACGGAGGACUUCCACUGCAGGAGAAGAGUCGUCUUUUCCCAAAGGACAUCCAAAUACCCUCGCUGGCCAAAACAUCGUCCGUCAAGACAAUCAUUCUCGACAGGCUGGAAUAUGAGCUCAGCGACAAACUGAUAGACUUUGUGACUAGUAUUCCGCGCCGUCUUGAGAAUCUGGCUAUCCGUUUCCGCGACAACAACUACUGCGAAGAGGAUUAUCCAGAGAUCGCCGAGAGGUUGAUCCACCAGCUCGCCAAACACCAGGGCUCAUCCCUCCAGCGGCUAUGCAUACAUGAUGACCGACAAGACGAAAAACCGGCAGACAUGAACUGGAGGACCCCAGGCCAGCUCAAGUCGUUUAAGGACCUUCGCGUGGCCAACGUGAGCUGGAAGGCAAUAGAGACCAGCCUAGACCUUACCAAAGACGACAUCCAAUCCCGAUCCCGAUCUGAGCUUCUUGAUCGGCUCUUCGAGGUGUUCCGACACGGUCUGCCAGCCACAAUGGAAGUCAUAACAUUCGGCCAGUUUGAGUUUGAAAAAAAUGACCCUGUUUUCUUACAGGCGUGGGAGAAGAGUUCUGACUCUGAUUUGGAAUAUUUGGAUGAUGCGGUCGAGAUAAUGAUCACAUCGAGGCAUUACAAGAACCUCAAGGCUGUUUUUCUGCAAGACAUUCAGAAGCAGAUGCCUUCUUUCUUUGGUCGCAGUCUCUGCUUUCCCAAAACCAUGAAAGCAGCAGAGAGUCGAGGGAUCCGUGUUUAUACAAGGGGAAGUAAACCCCUCCCUGGACUCAGCACCAAUGGCGAGUUCGUGCCCUUUCCAAGGAGGGAUUGCAUGCUGACGGGUCAGUUUGAGUCUGAAACGAGAGAACGUCUCUACUGCACCAAGAAGCGGCGUGAGUUUUAG